ACUUGUUAGAGGUAACACCCUGAGGUGCUCCCUUCAUUGGCUUUGUUGCAUUAAUGCAUGCAGUGAGAAAAGAUUAACCAGAAUUGGGAUUUGAUUUCAAGAACGCUUCUGCCCGGUAUCUCAUCACGGAAUGUUUGUAUCCCUGAGCAGGUCACUGCAUCAGAAAAUGGAAAUCAUGAGGACACAUACAUUCACACAGCUCUCAAAAUAUGUUAUUUUGCUUGUCCUCAUGUUUGAGUGUGUGAAAGGAGAUGAGGAAAGUGAGGGAACCAGUGAAGACCAGACAUCCACAGAGAAUUGUUGCAAGAAAUGCGACUGUUAUCUGCCACCCAAAGAGAAUUGUUGCAAGAAAUGCUGCAGUCAGCUGCAACCCAAAGACAGAAAUUGUAAGAAAAUCUGCAAAAUGCUGAAACGCAAAGACGCUGACUGUCAGAAAAUCUGCAAAACAAUAAAAGAUGAAGACAGAGUUUGUAAGAAAAUUUGCAAAAAGAGAAAAUCAAAAGAUGAAUGUUGUGAGAAUUUAUGCCGUCUCGAAGAAACUCUAACAUCAGAUAAAUGUGAGGUACUUGUCCAGAAUCUAACUACAACAUGCAAUCUAAAGGCAAAGAACAUUAAGAACAAAUUACAAAGGAGAUGUGUAAGAGCCACAGCUGAUUGUGAAGCUUCUGACAAAGACAGUAUCACACAAAUACACUCAAGAUAUAAAGCUUAUUGUAGAAAAUUAAACAGCUCAAGUUUUAAAGGAAUAACACUUGUUGCCAAUUCUUCAUGGGUCGGUGAAAGAGCCACUCAAGAACAAAAUGUUGACAUUGAGGUAGUCCUCCCAGAGGAAUUGUUCAGGAAAUCAAUGGAGCAGCAGAAUGAUUUCUCGAGCAUCACCUUCUCAUUAUUCAAUGAUACAUCACUGUUUGAGGAUGAAAAGAACAGUACUAUCUUAAAUAAUAACGUGAUUGAAAUUGCUGUAGGAAACACAAGCAUUCAUAACCUCACUGCGUGUGUGAAUAUUACAGUUAAGCUUAAGUCAAAAAUGCUGAAUAACUUCUCUCAACAUUGUGUCUUCUGGUCUGAAAAUGAAGAUGACAACUCAACAGGUCAUUGGGAUACUACUGGUUGUAAAACAACAGUUCAGGAUAGCCAUAUCAUAUGUCAGUGUGACCAUCUCUCCUACUUUGCUGUGUUAUUGGACUUCAGUGAUACCAACAACACCGUGGAUGAGAAAGUUUUGAUUUCAUUGAUGUACAUCUCACAGAUUGGUUGUGGUAUUUCUGCCAUCUUCUCAGCCACCACAAUAAUCAUUUACUGUGUAUUCAGGAAAAUUAAAAGCGAUCAUGUCACAAAGAUCCACAUGAACCUCUGUGCUGCCAUAUUUCUCCUGAAUGUGAACUUCUUGACCAACGUGUGGCUCAGUAUGGUGAAAAAUGAAAGUCUAUGUAAGACCAUUGCUGUUUUUCUACAUUAUUCAUUGCUGUGUACUUUUACCUGGAUGGGAAUUGAAGCAUUUCAGCUGUACCUGCUGCUGAUCAAAGUUUUCAACACCUACAUAAAACACUACAUACAAAAACUGGCUGUUAUCGGUUGGGGCCUUCCAGCAAUUGUGGUGCUUAUAUGUAUCGCGAUACCAGACAUUUAUGGCGAGUUUGUGAUUGAGAAACGAGACGGGAAGAAUACUUCAAUGUGCUGGAUAAAAGAAAAGGUGGCUCAUUACAUUACAAACUGUGGCUAUUUCAGCAUUAUAUUCUUUGGAAAUACAAUAAUACUAAUCACAGUCUGUACCAAGCUAUUUUAUCUGAAAAGACAACGCACUGAAGAACAAGGGUCUGCUUGGAAGGAUCUGUGGACAAUUCUUGGCCUCUGUUGCCUAUUGGGCGUAACCUGGGCUUUAGCUUUCUUUUCCUUUGGACCACUCCGUCUGGUUGAAAUCUACCUGUUCACCAUCUUCAACUCCUUGCAAGGAUUUUUCAUAUUCCUGUGGUAUUGGGCUAUGAAAAAACCAUCGAAAGACGAAAUAUCAAGUUAUACAACCUCAACAUAGAGAAGGAAUGGUGAAAGUGAAACAACUUGCCUUCCAUUCACCUUUCGGAUGUGUUUCAAAACAAACUUUUGUUUUUAAAAAGAAUCUUACCACUUGUAUAUUGUGUGAAAUGCGUACAGUUGUUUGGUCUAUGUAUGGGUUCAGCGUAUGCUCAGAAUCCGCACACAAACGUCCAUUACCCCUUAGCUCAGAGAACCAUCUAUUCUGAAGGCCAGUGCCAAUAUAAAAUUAAAUGCUAUGUCAAAUCAUGCCCAUUAGAUGAGGGCUAAUGAUCAGUUGAAAUGAGGAGUUGUCUCAAUUCCAACUGCUGUAAAAUUAUCAGAAUUAGUUCCGGUUGAUCACCAAAGACCUAAGCAGGAGAGAAUUGAGAAAGCAAAUUCUUCAAUUUGUUUGAAAGCUGCAAAGGCUAAACUAAUAGGUGGUGGAGACAGUGAUAUAGUGGUGCCCCUGAACUCAUCAUCCGGUCCCCCAGGUUAAUAUUCUAAGGACAUAGGUUUGAAUCCUACCAAGACAGAUGAUGAAAUUUGAAUUCAAUAAAAAUCUGGAAUUCAAACUGAGCCUCAGGACUGAGAUGAGGAAAGAUUUCUUCACUCAGACUAGCAAACCUGUGACAGUCUCUACCACAGAAGGCUGUGGAAGCCAAAUCAGUUUGAGACUCCAAUACCUUUACUUUUCAAAUGCACCAAACAUCUCAAUUGAAUCUAUAAACCCUCCUGUUUCAUCUGAGUUGGAUUUGGAGAGUGUAAACACUUGGCAAAGAGAUAUUAAAUAUACUUUACACUGAAAAGUGGGAUCCAAUCAUCACCACUUUCCUACCUUCAUUCUGAUUGUCUUUAACUUGAAAGGCUCAAAGAUAGCCUUCCCAACUCAUUCUGUGAUGAUGAGGCCUAACUUUAUCCUGUUACGCAUAUAGGCCACAAUAUAAUAGUCAAACAACUAAAAUUCUGUUCAGAAAAUAAAUGACAGUUCAAGACCCACUAGGAAGUUUUUAUUUUAGCUGCUUUUCUUUGUGCUCAGGAAUAUUUCAUACUUUUGAAACCAAUGUGCAGGACACAAUUUAUCUUCUUUAUCGAGUAAUUAAAGAGGUGUGAGAAAGCAUUUUCUGGAAAGUGCUCUCUAAAUUAUCAGAAGCAUUGACACACCUUAUGUCAAGACAAUGUAGCAUUGUUUGUUUGAUAUAUUUUUGAUGAACCCAUGUAGGAAUCCCUACUGUCUCCAAUAGUUAGCUUCUGUUUAUGUGAACAUAGUAUGUAUUGUAUUAGUUGACUGUUUCUGCUUAUCACGGAAUGUGCAAGAGUUGUUAAUUGGCUGCUUAGCUAAAAAAAGUAUUGAAAAUGAUUUGAGUCAAAAAAAGCUCAAGCUCCUAUAACAUAACGGGUGAUUAAUAAAUUGUCCUCUGCAAUCACUUGCUAACGCGUACUAUUGUCUACCUAGGAAAUUCUGUAUCACUAUUGGAACGAUGUUGUGAAACUUGAAAGGGUUCUGAAAAGAUUUACAAGGAUGUUGCCAGGGUUGGAGGAUCUGAGCUACAGGGAGAGGCUGAACGGGCUGGGGCUGUUUUCCCUGGAGCGUCAGAGGUUGAGGGGUGACCUUAUAGAGGUUUUCAAAAUUAUGAGGGGCAUGGAUAGGGUAAAUAGGCAAAGUCUUUUCCCUGGGGUGGGGAGUCCAGAACUAGAGGGCAUUAGUUUAGGGUGAGAGGGGAAAGAUAUAAAAGAGACCUGAGGGGCAACUUUUUCACGCAUGUAUGGUGGUGCAUGUAUGGAAUGUGCUGCCAGAGGAAGUGGUGGAGGUUGGUACAAUUGCAAAAUUUAAGAGGCAUUUGGAUGGGUAUAUGAAUAGGAAGGGUUUGGAGGGAUAUGGGCCAGGUGCUGGCAAGUGGGACUAGAUUGGGUUGGGAUAUCUGGUCGGCAUGGACAGGUUGGACCGAAGGGUCUGUUUCCAUGCGGUACAUCUCUAUGACUAUAACUCUAUGGUCACAGGUUCUGUGGUUCAGUCUAGCUGAUGAGUCCGAUCAUACAGCCAUAUCUCCACUCACACAUUAUAGUUUAAUAGAAAUAAACUUUACUUAGAACAAUUGAUUAUAUUGAUUACAACUGGACAUACGCAGGUGAAUGCAAGGAACUUGAGUUUGACCAUUUCACAAGAAUGUGGUGCCAUGCAGUUUGUACCUCAAUGAAUUAAAUGGAAUAUUGCAAAUGUAA